AUGGUUACAUAUUCGCAGGAAGAAUGGGCAAAAAUAGAGGAGACAAUGUGUAGAAUAUGUAAUGGCGGGUGUUGUUAUGUAUUUUCAAUUACACCAAGUGGUACCUCUGAUAGUCUCAUAUGUGACAAUAUGAUCUUGAUGUGUGACGAAUGUGAAUCUAUCUGGACAUCCUAUACAAAAUUAGCAGUGAACGACGCUUCCAAUGGACUACUAAAGAAUAGCUUAUCGAUAUCUGAACUCACAACACUUUUUAAUGGAGAGAAUUCAGGAUGGGCGACUUUUGACGAUGUCACCAACAUUAUAAAGAGUAUUCUUUUAAGAAUGAAAUCAAUUAAUGUACAUUAA